AUGGAGGAAGAACAAGGAAAGUGCAUCAAGUGCAAAGAAAGGAUUGAAGAGGAUGAAACAAUACACAAUUGUGACUCCUGCCUGAGACAAAUUCAUACUCAGUGUGCAAAAUUAUCACCCUCUGAAGAAAGGUGCAUGCCUUUGAAAAAACGAAUAUCAUUGUACAUAUGUAUAGAGUGCAAAGCAUUGAUAGCUAGAAUGCCCUUUAUUAUGAAAACUUUAGAUGAAAUUAAACUUGACAUCAACCAAAUCAAACAAAAUCAGAUUAACAAUGGUGGACAGCGUAAAACCUAUGCUGAUGCAUUGGAACUGAAACCUACUGCAAAUACAGAACAAACCAUCAUUAUAAAAGCAAAAAAUAAGAAGAAUGCCAACAACACAAGAAAACUAAUAGAAGAAAAACUUAAUCCAUCAGCACUUGAAAUAGGAAUAAAAAAGGUGAGAAGCACAAAAGAGGGAGAUGUCAUAAUCAAAUGUCCCACUAAACUUGAAGGAGAAAAAUUGAAAACAGCCAUGAUAAAUGAGCUUGCAGACACAUGCACAAUAGAAAAAAUUAAAAAGAGACCAACAAGAAUAAAGAUCACUGGAGUAGAUAAGAAGGAAAAUAAAAAUCACCAAGAAGUUGAAAGAAAUCUUAGAAAACAGAAUACAUGGAUUAAUGAAGAGGAUGAACUAACAGUCACAUUUAUAAAACACAUGAAAAAAAAUGAUAAUCUGACAAUCUAUGUUGAGUGCUCAGCUGGCUUAUACCACAAAGCAAUAAGUCAGAAGAAAGUAUACGCAGGUUGGCAACAACAACACUAA